AUGAAAGGCUACCCGCAUGGCUCGGCCCGGAUUGAUGAACUCCCGGAGGGAGCUGUGAAGCCUCCAGCAAAUAAAUACCCCAUUUUCUUUUUUGGGACUCAUGAAACGGCAUUUCUGGGGCCUAAAGACCUCUUCCCUUACAAAGAAUAUAAAGAUAAGUUUGGAAAAUCAAACAAACGAAAAGGGUUUAAUGAAGGCCUGUGGGAAAUCGAAAACAACCCCGGGGUCAAGUUUAGUGGAUACCAGGCUAUUCAGCAACAGAGCUCCUCAGAAACUGAAGGUGAAGGAGGAAACACGGCAGAUGCUAGCAGUGAGGAAGAAGGGGAUCGGGUAGAAGAAGAUGGAAAAGGCAAAAGGAAGAACGAAAAAGCGGGCUCAAAACGGAAAAAAUCUUACACUUCAAAGAAAUCUUCCAAGCAGUCAAGAAAAUCUCCCGGAGACGAAGAUGAUAAGGAUUGCAAAGAGGAAGAAAAUAAAAGCAGUUCUGAUGCCGGCGAAGCAGGCAACGACACACGAAACACUUCUUCAGACGUGCAGAAAACUAGUGAAGGGGUGUCCAGAGUAGUUUCUGAACCUGCCACUGCACACAGUUACAUUGGCUGUUCUUCAAAUUUGAGACUUUGGACAGUUACAGUCCUCUCCCUGUGGCUUCUCUCACUACUUCUUAAAAACUGAAUUCUAGAUAUUUCCCUGACUUAACCAACAUAUUGACUGCUGCAUAUUAAGGGAAGACACAAGAAAGUCACAUGUUUGGUUGUCUAAUAUUCUUGGAUUUGAUUGAAGUCAGCACAUCCCUUCAUCAGCAGCAUAUAUGUUUGUAUGCACAUUUAGCCACAUUCCUACCCAUUCUGUUCUCAGCAGCAACUUUCAGCAUCAUCCCCCAUCGACACCCCACAAGGUCCUUUUCUAAAUGUCAUUUUAUUUAAUUGCACCAAAAGGCUCUUUUCAAGCAAGACCCAUACCGACAACGGCCAUUUUUAGAUACUUCUUUUUUCUUUUCUUUUUUUUUUUUUUUACAGAAAAAGAAGGGCAAAAAUCUCUUAAAUUUUAAAUCGAAUCUUAAAAACCUGCCUUUUAGAGAAAACAAAUUAAACACUUAGAAGUGAACGCCCUCUCCUAAAAAGCCACAAGGAUCUCUGUUCUGCUUAACAAAUCAUGAAGUUUUAAAUUAACCCUUUAUCCAUUUGUUGUUCUGCAUUUUUUUUUUUAAAAAAAGGAUUUUAAAAACAGAGAUGGCCAACUAGCAAGUGAGGAAUGCUGGUGGUCUUGAGCAAUUUUAUCCUCACUGAUAUCCAGUUUUGGUUUUGAUGUUUUUAGCAGAUUUGCUCACAUUUGGUUUUUGGGUUUUUUUAGCAGAUUUGCUCACAUUUUCAUUUUGAGGGGGGGGGAAGGAGGGGGAACGUAUUUUCAGCUUGUAAGAAAAAGGUCACCAUCUCUCCUUGGAUUUUGUAUGCAUUAUGUAAAUGUACAUAUUUUGUAUGUAGAGCAGUGUGGACCUCCAAAAUACGAAAUCAAGAUUCCAUCACAUUUAUAGAUCAUUGAAUUCGCCAUGGCAAAAAAAUAUAUAUAUAUAUAUUCCUGCAGUCCACUUUUUAACUUCUGUCUGGAAAUUAAAUUGUUUCCCACCUACCAGGAUUAUAGAAAUUGGCCAUCUCUGUUUUUAAAUCCUAACAAAAUGUCCUUGAUUUAUUGUCAUUAUAAAAAAAAAAGUCAAUAAUUGUAAGAAAGUACCUUUCCUUAUUAGAACCCUCUAGCUUAGCUAUACUCUUAAUACUUUUCAAGAUCAUAACGUAACGUAAGUUUCUCUAACUUAGUUCCUAUAUGUGGAGUUAGUGAAAGUCUUUUGUGUUUCUUUAGAUGAAUAACAAGGAACUUUUUUUUCAGGCCCCCAUACAAAUCGGAGCUUACUGUGUUUUGGGGACGCCUUCCAUUUUUAAGCUUAAUUGUGCUACCGAAAGGCCAAUGGGAAACAAAGCCAAAACAUCCAGUUAAAAUAUAAGAAUAACAGUUAUAUUGAAAAGCUUAAAAAAACAAAAAAGGGGGGAAAAAACCCCUGUCAUUUUUCUGUUUUUUUUUUCUACUCUCAAAACUAGAUCUAGACUAGUAGGUAAGCAUUCCAGAAUCCAUUAUUCUGUGUACAUUAUUGUUGCUAUUGUGAGAAUAGAGGAUUUUAUUUAUUUUUUAAUGCCAGCUUUUAUUGUGAAGACAUAUGGGUUUAGUCCGGUUUUAUCAACCCUUGUUAUGCUUGUCCUUGGACCAUCUUUUGCGUACUCAAGGUUUGUAGUUGAAAAGUUUACUGUACAAAAAAAAAAAGGAAAAAAAAUCAAAAAACAAAAAAACUAUUGUUUUUACAGAAUAAAUUUAUUGGAAUGUGUAUCGGGAGUAAGGUUUGAGGUUGUAAGCAGCUGAGUUAGCGUCAUAUUUGGCUUCAUAACGUGUAAUGUGAGGUAUUCAUGUAACUCGAGUAUUAAAGCAACGCAUUCUGUUAA